CGGCGGGCGCGGCGGGGCCGCAUCUGCAUCGGCCGCCGCCGCCGCUGCGGGGCUGCGAACAAAGAGGAGGAGCCGAGGCGCGAGAGCAAAGUCUGAAAUGGAUGUUACAUGAAUCAUGUUAAGGGAUGCACACGAUUAUGAACGUUCCUGAAGCUUUUCUGUCAGUCAAAUAGAUAAAAGAUGGAUGAAUCUGCCUUGUUGGAUCUUUUGGAGUGCCCUGUGUGUCUAGAGCGCCUUGAUGCUUCUGCAAAGGUUUUGCCUUGCCAGCACACGUUUUGCAAACGAUGUCUGCUGGGGAUUGUAGGUUCCCGGAAUGAACUGAGAUGUCCCGAGUGCAGGACUCUUGUUGGCUCGGGUGUGGAGGAGCUUCCCAGUAACAUCCUGCUGGUCAGACUCCUGGAUGGCAUCAAGCAGAGGCCUUGGAAACCUGGCCCUAGUGGGGGCAGUGGGACCAACUGCACAAAUGCGUUAAGGGCCCAGGGCAGCACGGUGGGUAAUUGUAGCUCAAAAGAUCUGCAGAGUUCCCAGGGUGGACAGCAGCCUCGGGUGCAAGCCUGGAGUCCCCCAGUGAGGGGUAUACCUCAGUUACCAUGUGCCAAAGCAUUAUACAACUACGAAGGAAAAGAGCCUGGAGACCUUAAAUUCAGCAAAGGAGACAUCAUCAUUUUGCGAAGACAAGUGGAUGAAAAUUGGUACCAUGGGGAAGUCAAUGGGGUCCAUGGCUUUUUCCCCACCAACUUUGUGCAGAUUAUUAAACCAUUACCUCAGCCCCCACCUCAGUGCAAAGCACUUUAUGACUUUGAAGUGAAAGACAAGGAAGCAGACAAAGAUUGCCUUCCAUUUGCCAAGGACGAUGUUCUGACAGUGAUCCGCAGAGUGGAUGAAAACUGGGCUGAAGGAAUGCUGGCCGACAAAAUAGGAAUAUUUCCAAUUUCAUAUGUUGAGUUUAACUCGGCUGCUAAGCAGCUGAUAGAAUGGGAUAAGCCUCCUGUGCCGGGAAUUGAUGCUGGAGAAUGCACCCCUGCAGCAGCCCAGAGCAGCACCGCCCCAAAGCACUCCGACACCAAGAAGAACACCAAAAAGCGGCACUCCUUCACCUCUCUCACCAUGGCCAACAAGUCCUCGCAGGCAUGCCAGCACCGCCACUCCAUGGAGAUCAGCCCCCCUGUCCUCAUCAGCUCCAGCAACCCCACAGCGGCCGCGCGGAUCAGCGAGCUGUCCGGGCUUUCCUGCAGUGCCCCUUCUCAGGUUCAUAUAAGUACCACCGGGUUAAUUGUGACCCCGCCCCCAAGCAGCCCAGUGACAACUGGUCCCUCGUUCACUUUCCCAUCAGAUGUUCCCUACCAGGCUGCCCUUGGAACUAUGAAUCCUCCUCUCCCCCCACCACCUCUCCUGGCUGCCACUGUCGUUGCUUCCACACCGCCAGGCGCUGCUGCUGCUGCUGCUGCCGCCGCUGCUGCCGCCGCCGCCGCUUCUGGAAUGGGACCGAGGCCCGCGGCAGGAUCCACUGACCAGAUUGCACAUUUACGGCCUCAGACUCGCCCCAGUGUGUAUGUUGCUAUCUAUCCAUACACUCCCCGGAAAGAGGAUGAACUAGAGCUGAGAAAAGGGGAGAUGUUUUUAGUGUUUGAGCGUUGCCAGGAUGGCUGGUUCAAAGGGACAUCAAUGCAUACCAGCAAGAUAGGGGUUUUUCCUGGAAAUUAUGUGGCUCCAGUCACAAGGGCAGUGACAAACGCUUCCCAAGCUAAAGUCCCUAUGUCAACUGCUGGUCAGACAAGUCGAGGGGUGACCAUGGUCAGUCCUUCCACUGCAGGAGGGCCUGUCCAGAAGCUCCAGGGAAAUGGUGUGGCUGGGAACCCCAGUGUUGUCCCCACGGCGGUGGUGUCUGCAGCUCACCUCCAGACGAGUCCUCAGGCUAAGGUCUUACUGCACAUGACUGGGCAGAUGACAGUCAACCAGGCCCGCAACGCCGUGAGGACAGUUGCAGCACACAGCCAAGAACGCCCUACAGCAGCAGUGACGCCUAUCCAGGUACAGAACGCCGGCUGCCUUGGCCCUGCGUCUGGGGGCCUGCCCCAUCAUUCGUUGGCCUCUCCACAACCUCCGCCUCCAGUGGCAGCCUCUGCUGCCCACGUCGCUGCUGUCAGCAUCAGUCGAGCCAAUGCCCCCCUGGCCUGUGCAGCAGCGGCUGCUCUGACCUCCCCGGGCGUCACCACUGCCUCUCUGGAGACGGAGCCCAGUGGCCGGGCGGUGACCAUUCUCCCUGGUCUUCCUGCGUCUUCUGACAGUGCUUUAUCAGCUUGUGGAAACAGUUCAGCCACCAAACCAGACAAGGAUAGUAAAAAAGAAAAGAAGGGGUUGUUGAAAUUGCUCUCUAGCGCCUCCACCAAACGGAAGCCCCGCAUAUCCCCUCCGGCAUCCCCCACCCUGGAAGUGGAGCUGGGGGGCAGCGAGUUGCCCCUGCAGGGAGCAGUGGGUCCUGAGCUGCCAUUAGGGGGCGGCCACGGGAGGGCUGGCUCCUGCGCCUUGGACGGAGAGGGCCCAGUGGCAGCGUCGGCCGUAGGGGCGGCCCUUGCCCAGGAUGCUUUUCAUCGGAAGACCAGCUCCCUGGACUCUGCUGUCCCCAUCGCUCCCCCUCCUCGGCAGGCAUGCUCCUCCCUGGGGCCUGUCAUGAAUGAGUCUAGGCCUGUUGUUUGUGAAAGGCACAGGGUGGUGGUUUCCUAUCCUCCUCAGAGUGAGGCAGAACUUGAACUGAAAGAAGGAGAUAUUGUGUUUGUUCAUAAAAAACGAGAGGAUGGCUGGUUCAAAGGCACAUUACAACGUAAUGGGAAAACUGGCCUUUUCCCGGGAAGCUUUGUGGAAAACAUCUGAGGAGACCAGCGCUGAAAAGGCUUCACGUCACAUCACACAACAAAAUAGCACAACGCAAUGUAAUGGAAAGAGCACAUCGUUAACUUCCGGGUGAUCAGGAGCUGAGCGAAGGUUGGUGUGUAACUUCAGUUACACCAGUGAGCAGAGUGAAGGUGUCAGUGUGGGCUCUCGCACUCUGCAUCUGAUGUGGAAGGUGUGCCUUGUACUAUCUUGUACCAUACAGACAAAACCGUCUUUCGUUUUUUUUUUUCCCUAAAGGUAUAUAACUAAAAUGGACAAUUGUUUACAAGGCUUAACUAAUUUAUUUGCUUUUUUAAACUUGAAAUUUUCUUGUAAUAGAUAAAUUCUUUGGAUUAUGAUUUUAAGAAAUUAUUAAUUUAUGAAGUGAUAGCUAAGGAGAAGCUGGAUUAUCUCCUGUUGAGAGCAAGAGAUUCUUUGAGAGCGACUGCGUCUUCCCCUCCCCAACAACCCCUGCCCCUACUGUUACACUUUGCUUCUUUGACACAGAAAUUCCAGUUCUCUGAUUUGGUUUUCCUCCUGGAGAAACCAAACAUACAACUGAAUCAGUAGCCGUGAAAACCUGGGGUGGGGAGACAGAGACUUGACGGAAGUUAGUGAAUCUCUGUCUUUGUGGUUUGGCAAGAAUCACCUUAAGACCUAGUCCUCAGUUUAGUUUUGUGGGUGUUUAAUUUUCCUAGACUGAAAUCAAUGAAAUGAUGAGGAAGAAUAAAGCACAACCUUUGAACAAAAAUGUAUUCAUAAAUAUAUGUACUUUCCUAACAGAAGCAGUUCAAUUCAUUGGUUGGAAAGUAGGGAAAAUGGAAGUUGUACUCGUUGUCUGAGAAUGGCUAUGAAAUGUCAUUUCCCAUUUUACCCCAAGUGGUCUGCAUGCCCAGGACACAAUAAAAUGUUUGUGAGAUAGUGGUGGUAAGUGAUGCACUCGUGUUAAAGUCAAAGGCUGUAAGAAACACUGUGAAAAGUUGACAUUCAUCCAUUGUGAAUCUCCCCCACCACGUUGCAUGUGUUGUUGGCGUCCCACAGUAAUGUAGACUGUGCAUGGUGUGUCUAUGUCACUGCGGUUUCCUGCUGAGGUUAGUUUGCACUCAGAAUUGACCGAGGCAGGUGGUGUAAACUAAACAGUAUUCUCUUCUCUACCCCCAAAGCCACUGCUGACCAGCUUCUCUUGAGUGCACUUGCUCCUUCUCUGGUGAAGGCAUCCAGUAGCCAUUACACAAGUCCUUAAUAAAAAUGCUCUUUCAUUUCCUGCCAGCAGACUGACAUGAGCAUGAGCUUUUCUGGGAGAUGCCCCGUGACUGUUCUGGGGAAGCUCUGGAAGGCUUGACGGGAGUGGAUGUGCCCACACCUUACAAUUGUGGCAGGAUGCAGCUGAACCCAUCUUUUUAUAUCCACACUUUGAUGUCAUUGGCCUCUCCCACCAGUUUCAUUACGGUGCCAUGCAGUUGUGGGUCUGGGUAGUUCUGGAAACAAAAGGAGGGAAGAUAGCCUGGUAGGGAAUAAGAUUGUUAGUACAGUUUUCUCAUGGGAAAUAAAUAAUUUUUUUUUUUUUACUUUAAAGAAUUAAAACUGGGAAAUAGAAACAUGAACUGAAGUCUUCUUAUAAAGGAAGACGUUUCAUGGUCUUAAAGAAAUAUGUGGUUGAAAGUGGAAUCAUUCCUAAAGUAACUUUUUUUUUAUAAAACACUGUACAUUAUUAUGUUCUUGUGUGUUGAAUUUUUAAAAAAAAACUUCAAUAUUCAUGUAAUAUAUAAAGGGUUGGUGAAAUGAACUUUAGAAAAAAAGCUGACAUCAGCUUUCAUUUGUGUAAGUUGACACCAAUGUGUCAUAAUAUUCUUUAUUUUGGGAAAAUUAGUGUAUUUUAUAAAAAUUUUAAAAAGUAAAAAGACUACUACAGGUUAAGAUAAUUUUUUACCUGUCUUCUCCAUAUUUUAAGCUAUGUGAUUGAAGUACCUCUGUUAAUAGUUUCCUGGUAUAAAGUUGGUUAAAAUAUCAUCUGUUAAUAGAUCAUUAGGUAAUAUAAUGUAUGGGUUUUCUAUUGGUUUUUUGGAGACAGUAGAUGGAGAUUUUGUAACAAGGGCUUGUUACACAGUGAUGUGGUAAUGAUAAAAUUGCAAUUUAUCAUUCCUUUUCAUGUUAAUAAUUUGAGGACUGGA